CUUUCUUCUUUCUUCUUCCUUCUUCUUUUGUGAGUCAUGGAAAGGAAAAAGAAAAGAAAAAAAAAAAGAAAAAGAAAAAAGAAGCCAAGACGACAUGACCUAGCGGGACUGACCAUGUAUAUACAAUUUGUGCUUAUAGAAUUAUACUAAUCAUUGUUUGAGAUUGACUUUUUUGGUAACUUUUUUUAAUGUUUUUUAGAAACUGAAAAAUUAUUGCCAUAUUUGAAAAGUUGCUAAAGAAAAAUUAUUGCUAUAUUUGAAAAGUUGCUAAAAAAAAUUAUUCGUGAAAAAUUUGACUUGGAGCCAAACACCCACUCAAUCUCUAUAUAUAUUUGCUUGGAGCCAAGUCUCUCCCAAUACUAAAGUGCAAGUUAUUCCACUGCACUGCCCAACUUGUUUCAAAGGCUAUGGAUAAGGUUUUUUUAAAGACGCUUUUCUUUGCCAUCCUCCUUGUGUCUGUGUCUGGUUAGUCUCUCUCUCUGUCUCUCCCAUAAAUUUGUGGAAUAUGAAUUACUCCAUAAUGAAUGUGGUCUAUAAAUUUAAUUUGUUGAAUGAUUUUUCUCAGUACAUAGUGGUGCUGAAACACCUAAUUAGUCACUAAUCACUAGUCCAGCUGCACUGUGUUGUAAGAAAACUGAGAAGCAAGCGAGCAAGCAAUUAAACACUCCCAUAUACCUAUCUUGAUCCCCUGCAAGUAUCAAUUAGCAGUAUAGCACUUUAAAUGAUCUCUCAUUCACUUUUACAUAUCAGAAUUACAGUAUAUUCUUGACAAUGACUUCUUCUUUCAGCUCUGCUCUUGUAUGUCAUCUCAUUAAUUUUUUUUUUCUUUUAGAAUCUCUUUUAACAGUCAGUCGUCUAGCUGGUAUAGAAUGUUAGAAUUUAUCUAUAAAUACAUACAUACAUACAGACCAUCUCUUCUGGUAAAAAACCACCCGUAUUCAUUAUGGGUACGCUAAUUCUUUUUUUACUUUUGCUGUCUUCUUCUUCUUGUUCUCUUCCGUUCAUGACUCAAGCAUCCGCGUUGUUUGUGUUCGGAGAUUCAACUGUGGACGCAGGAGACAACAAGAUUGAAAGUUGUAUCACGGAACACUUUUACCCUUACGGUGUCGACUACAACAAUCAAUACACCGGCCGCUUUACAAAUGGAUUAACUGCCGAUUUCGUGGCAUCCACAUCGUUUCCUGCGUUGUUUGUGUUCGGAGAUUCAACUGUUGACGCAGGAAACAACAACAAGAUUGAAAGGGGUAUCACAGCAAACUUUUACUCUUAUGGUGUCGACUACAACAAUCAAUCCACCGGCCGCUUUACAAAUGGAUUAACUGCCGCUGAUUUCAUGGGUACCUUACUUACUACUACAACAAUCAAUCCAUCGGCCGCUCUGCCGCUGAUUUCAUGGCUUUCUCUCUUGUAGAUGUGCCACCGCGUCCUGCUUACCACAACUUGACAGAGAGUGACAGAAAAAGAACUACCAUCGCCAUGGCUGGGAUCAAUUAUGGGUCUUCUGGAUGUGGUAUCUUUACCACCACCAGACCCCGUGAGAGUGAAUGCUUCAAUUUAGAACAACAGAUCGACUUCUUUAAGGAGACUGUACAAGAAGACUUGCCAUAUUUGAUUCCAGACCCUGAUGCUCGCAAACAGUAUCUUGCCAAAUCUAUCUUUUGUCAUUUCCAUGGGAGCCAAUGACUACUUUUUCACUUAUCCUAAAUCAAACACAAAGGACCCUAAUGAGUUUGCAAUCUCUCUCAUCUUUGAGUUGAAGAUCUACUUAGACAUAUUAUAUGAGAUCGGAGCCAGACAUUUCAUCGUGAACAACAUAGGUCCUCUUGGGUGUUUGCCAUCUCUUAGAUACAAGACUAUUUCUGGGCAGUGCGAUGAAGACAUGAACAAUCUUAUCAUGCCAUACAACUAUCGGCUUCCUAAGUGGCUUAAAACUUGGACUCAUUAUGAUUACAGUGGUAGUGGUAUCACCUUUGUCUUGGCAGAUAGCUAUGGUCUUCUUAAUCAUAUGGUCUACCACCCUCAAGAAUUUGGGUUUAAAGAUGUAAAACACCCAUGUUGCGGACAGGAUGUAAAUGGGGAAUUAGAGUGCCCCCCCAACGCCACUCCGUGUAGCAACAGAGAUGAAUAUCUCUUCUUUGAUGGUGCACAUACCAGCCAAGUGGCCAAUCUUGAAUUCGCCCUAUUAUGCGCCAAUGCAACAAUCUGCAGAGUUAUUGAAUAAACAUGUUUAUGAAGUGUUUGGGAUGAAAAAGAAGCUCUCUUUUUUGUUGAAGUUAUGGGGACAACAAUUAAUUGAAUGGUGAAAUAUUUAGUAUUUUUUUAGGGUUGUGAACAUUUCUUAUCUUUUCUAUACCAUUUAUCUUUUUGGGCAAUUACCAUUA